AUGGCAAGCCACCGCAACACCAUCUUCGGCACGCAAAUCAGCAGCGGGGCCGGGGCCGGAGCCGGGCACGGUGGUGGUAGCCACGGCGGAGGACGGCAGUCCAUGGCGCCUGGCGCUUCGACUUCCGGACAGAGUGGUGCAGCGGUUAAGGCUAGGCAGAUUUCCCAACUCCACGCCCAACUAACUCAAUUAUCCAACAACCUCGCCGACACGGAAAACCUCUUGCGCAUGACUAGCGUGCAGGCCGAGUGCAUGAGGGGGUUAGGGAGUUGGCAUGGUGGAUUGUUCAUGGCUGCGAGUAAAGUCCUGGGAGAAGAGAGCGUCCAGAGUGUGCAGGCUCAGCAGGUAGUUGUUGAACACCAGCAGGGUGGACAAGGUGGAAAUGGUGGCCAGCAGAGGUGA